AUGCUUUUCUGGCUGAUCCGUUCUUCCUGGGAAAACCUGGCUAGACUAAGCAGAAGCCGUGAAUUUUACGGAUGUGGUAGUGAUAGUAUUAAUUUUUCUUUAUUGGAUUCUGCGAGAAAACAUUAUCUCUAUGAUGGAAGCAAAUUAACGUCAGAAGUGAAAAGACGACGAUUCCGGAGUGAAAACAAGGAGAUGGAUAUUUCAAAUAUCGAUAAUGAGUCGAAAGGUUUGGAAACAAAAUUUGAAUUGAAUAAUGUUUUUGUGGCUGCUUCACUUGAUGGUCCACCAUGGUAUAAGCCGAAAGUGACAGAUAGCAAAUUGAGCAGUGAUGAUGUGACUGAUUCAAUACCAAUGUUAAGAAAGAUGGAAGAGAUGCUGAAUUCGAAGAUCGCUAAGGGCGAUGAAAACCCUUCUUUCAGUAGUGGUGACAGUAUACAGGUUGCUUCAGAUGAAGAUUUUAGUUUUACUCAUGCAAACGUCUUUGACUCAAUCAUGUCCACUACAUCUUCGUGUAAUUUGUUUUUACAGAUAUUAUUCCCAUUUAUUCCUGCUGGUCUUGGGAUGGUUUUUGCAGGAUAUAUUCUUGAUAUUGUACAGCACUGGAAUUUGUUUAUCGAGGUACCUGAAACAUUCAUUUUGGUACCUGCAUUACUUGGCUUGAAAGGAAAUCUUGAAAUGACCUUUGCAUCCAGAUUAUCAACAUUGGCAAACAUGGGGAGAAUGAAUUCAAAUCCAAAGAAGAUUAUUAUUGCAAACUUGGCUCUCAUUCAAGUACAGGCAAUUGUCGUAGCAUUUCUCGCUUCUGGCUUUGCUGUUAUUCUUGCAUGGAUACCAAAAGGGCAGAUUGAUUGGUCUCAUGCUGCCUUAUUAUGUGCAAGCAGUCUAACAACGGCAUCACUGACAUCAUUAGUGCUCAGUAUAACAGUGAUAUGUGUCGUUUUAAUUUCACGAAGUUUCUCAAUAAACCCUGAUAAUAUUGCAACACCAAUUGCUGCCUCACUGGGUGAUCUUACUACCUUAGGAACUUUGUCAUUAUUAGGUUCGAUAUUUCUUGCCGCACAUCUCAACGAAACUUGGCUUAAUAUUAUUGUGAUCGUAACAUUCAUAAUGGCAACACCGUUUUUUACCUAUGUGGCACGAAAGGAUAAUGGUACAGUCGAUGUGUUAGAGAAUGGUUGGUCACCCAUUAUAUUCAGCAUGUUGAUAAGUAGUGCUGGUGGUUUUAUGCUGGAGAGCACCAUCAAACGAUUUCCGAAAAUUGCAGUCUUCCAGCCUGUUAUAAAUGGAGUUGGUGGUAAUCUUGCAGCCAUUCAUGCUAGUCGUCUUGCUACGUUUUAUCAUCAACAUUAUGCAUUUGGAACAUUAAGAGAGACUUUAUCAAGUCAUUUCAGUUUUAAACGAGCAUUCUUUUCUAAUGCUGUAGAUGCGUAUUCAGCUCGUGUGUUGUUGUUGUUUGUGGUUCCUUGUCAUAUAUUCUUCAACUGGGUCAUACAGAUUUUACACAAAGGAAGUAGUCUGCCGUCUGGACCACUUUUUACUAGUAUAUAUAUUUGUGCAGCGUUAGUGCAGGUCAUCUUGCUCCUUUAUAUGUGUCAGCUACUUGUUGCCUUUUUAUGGUCGAUAAAGGUGGAUCCAGAUUGUGCUUCAAUACCAUAUUUAACAGCCCUUGGUGAUUUGUUUGGUACAUUUUUGCUAUUUUUAAUAUUUGCUUCUCUUUCUUGGUUUAGCAAAGAUUGA